UUGAAGUUUGUAACCUAGAGAUUUGCGAGCAAUUGGCAUUUGGGCCAAAAUCGACUGGAAAAUCUAGAAAGGUCGUUUACAUUUUACCUGGAGAACUUUCACGGAGGAGAAAGAAAACACGAAAAUACAAUUGAAAUAAAACUAGUGUUUUUAGAUUUGAGUUCGUGAUUGUACCCCUAACAUAAACAAGUUGGUGUUUGGUCAUGGUUCUUCCGUGUUAAACGGACCAGCUUGUAAUUUCGCAUUCGUUUUAAACAGCUUAAAAGCCCGUUUUUCGACAUUUCAAGGCUUAAAAGUACUUUGUAUUCCUGAAGAGGACGAGCAACUUUUAGAACAAUGGCAGACUUCAUUGAUUCCGAGGCCGAGGAGAGCGAGGAUGAGGAGGAAUUAGACACUCGUGAGAAGAAGAAGCUCAAAAGACUGAAAGCGAUUGACAGUGAUGAGGAAGAAGAAGAAGAUGAUGAAGAAAAGAUAAGGGAGGAACUGAAAGACUUAAUUGAUGACAACCCAACAGAAGAAAGUGAGAGUGAGGGUGAGGAUUCAGAAGGGAGUGAGGGAGGUGGGGGUGAAAAGCGGAAAAAACAUGAGGACUAUGACGAUCGGCUUGAAGAUGAGGAUUACGAUUUGCUUGAGGAAAAUCUGGGGCAUAAAAUCGAGCGAAGAAAAAGAUUCAAACGUCUCAGAAGAAUCGAAGAUGAAGAAUCGGAGGAUGAGGGUGGGGAAGAUGAUGGUGAGGAAAGAGAUGCUAUUGCCAACGAAUUAUUUGAAGGUUCUGAUCAUGAUGAUGACCGUGCCUCGUCAAGAGGUGCUGCUCAAGACCACUAUGGUGAUGAGGAGGAUGAAGGAGAAUAUUCAGAUGCAGACGACUUUAUCGUGGAUGACGAAGGCAGGCCCAUUGCUGACAAAAGAAAAAAACGAAAACCAAUAUUCACAGAUGCGGCUUUACAAGAGGCUCAAGAUAUUUUUGGUGUAGACUUCGAUUAUGAAUAUUUUGAGAAGUAUGGUGAGGAUGAAUAUGAUGAAGAUGAGGAGGAUGAAGAUGAAUAUGUUGAUGAAGAAAGAGUUGAAGAUUCUGGAAGGAGACGAAAACAAAAAAAAGCAGCUAGGAAAAAGACAACUAAAAAGUCUAUAUUUGAAAUUUAUGAGCCUAGCGAGUUGAAGAGGGGUCAUUUCACAGACUUUGAUAACACAGUGAGAAAUACCGACAUUCCUGAGAGAAUGCAACUUCGAGAAGUCCCGGUCACUCCUGUUCCAGAAGGCUCGGACGAACUGGACGAAGAGGCCGAAUGGAUUUAUAAACAGGCGUUCUGCAAACCAACAACUUCAAACCAAGAAUGGGGCUCAACAGUAGACACACAAGGAGGGCCGAAAAAAGACCCCCAGACAAUUGGGAAAAUAAAGAAAGCUUUAGAUUUCAUGCGUAACCAAAAUUUUGAAGUUCCUUUUAUUGCAUUCUACAGGAAAGAAUAUGUCUUUCCAGAACUGAACAUCCAUGAUCUCUGGAGAGUUUUUAAAUACGAUGCUAAGUGGUGCAGAAUGAGAUCGAGAAAAUUAAAUUUACUUAGUCUUAUGGAGAAAGUUAGAGAGCAUCAAUCUGAAGUGUUGAUGAAAGACAUUAAUGCCCAAAUCCCAGAUCAUGUCAGGGUGAUUACUGACGAAGAUAUCGACAGGUUGAAGGCUGUCCAGACACCGGAAGAACUAAAAGACGUACAUGCACAAUUUCUUAUGUAUUACGCUGAUGACAUCAAGGUCAUGUUAGAAAAGAAGAGAGCUCAAGAGAGAGAAGCUGCUCGAGCAAAAGCCAAACAGAUACAAAUAGAUGAAAAUGGAGAAAAAAUUGAAAAUGAAGAUGCUGUUGCCGAAGAAGAACCACUUCCUGCCGAGCCGAUAAAACACAGUAUACACUCCGGACCUUACGCCAUUUGUCGAAGAGCUAAAAUUGGUGGUAUGGCCAAGAGGUUUGGUCUGAAGCCGGAAGAAUUCGGCGAGAACCUACGAGAUAACUACCAGAGACAUGACGUCGAGCAAGAGCCAGAGUUGCCGCUCGUGGUUGCAAAGGAGUACACAUCUGCCAAGUUCUCCACUCCUGAAGAUGUGCUGAAGGCAGCUAAAUUCAUGGUCGCCACACAGCUAAGUCGAGACCCACUUGUUAGGAGCUGCAUGAGAACUACAUUCUUUGAGAGGGCGACCAUUAACGUUAAGCCAACCAAAAAAGGCAGCAAGGAAAUAGACGAAAACCAUCCUUGCUACAGCUUGAAAUACAUCAAAGGGAAACCAGUAAGAGAUUUGACCGGUGAUCAGUACUUAAAGUUACAUCUAGCCCACCAAGACAAGCUCAUCAACUUGACGAUUAGUGAUCAUAUUGACGGACAUUCUACGACUUCUUACAUUGAAGAAUUGAAACAACUAUAUUACAGGGAUGAAUUUAUGCAACAUGUCCAAGAGUGGAAUAAUAUCCGGACUGAAUGUGUUGAGGUUGCUAUGAAAAAAAUGUUGAUACCAGAGUUGAUCAAAGAUCUCCAUGCAAAACUCUUGGAAGAAGCAAAGGAGUUUGUGCUUAGGUCCUGUGCUGGAAAACUUUACAAUUGGCUUAAAAUUGCUCCCUAUUCAGUUGAUUUUGGUGAUGAUGACGAUGAGGAUUGGGAUACAAGUAAAGGGAUUAGAGUGAUGGCGAUUGCUUUUGUCCCAGAUCUCAGUCAAGCUUCAUUUGCUUGCUUGAUAGCUCCAGAUGGUGAAUGCACCGACUAUUUGCGUUUGCCUCAUUUACUGAAGAAAAAGAACUCUUUUCGCGAGGACGAGAGGCUGGUAAAAGAGCACGAUUUGAAAGCUUUAAGGAAUUUCAUCUCAAGCAAGCGCCCCCAUGCAAUAGUCAUUGGAGGCGAGUCGAGGGACGCUCUCAUGGUGGCAGCCGACUGCAAGGAUAUAAUCGGCAAUCUCGUCGAAGACGACCAGUUUCCUUUGAUCCCAGUUGAAAUUAUGGAUAAUGAGCUGGCAAAGAUCUAUGCAAACUCUCUAAAAGGGGAAAGCGACUUUAGGGACUAUCCUCUAUUGCUUCGUCAGGCAAUAUCACUCGGAAGGAGGCUUCAAGACCCUCUUGUAGAAUUCUCACAGCUUUGCACAGCAGAUGAUGAAAUCUUGUGCCUACGAUUUCACCCUUUGCAAGAGCAAAUUUCCAGGGAUGAACUUUUAGAAACAAUAACAUUGGAGUUUGUGAAUCGAACAAAUGAAGUCGGUGUGGAUAUUAAUGAAGUUGUUUCCACUCCUUACUGUGGAAAUUUAGUUCAAUUUAUUUGUGGUCUGGGGCCCAGGAAAGGAGCGACUCUAAUCAAGAUAUUGAAACAGACCAAUCAAAGAUUAGAGAACAGAACCCAGCUAGUUACAAUUUGCCACAUGGGCCCGAAAGUUUUUAUAAAUUGCGCUGGUUUUAUUAAAAUUGAUACAAAUGCUUUAGGCGACAGCACAGAAGCUUAUGUCGAAGUUUUAGACGGGUCCCGGGUCCAUCCAGAAACAUAUGAAUGGGCACGGAAAAUGGCAGUGGAUGCUCUUGAGUACGACGACGAGGAUGCCAACCCAGCCGGUGCUUUAGAAGAAAUUUUAGAAAAGCCUGAAAAGUUGAAAGAUCUUGAUUUAGACGCUUUUGCUGAAGAAUUAGAAAGACAGAGUUUCGGCAAUAAAAGUAUUACUCUGUACGAUAUUAGGUCUGAGCUCAACCAUAGGUACAAAGAUUUAAGGGCACCUUACAAAUCACCUAGCCCAGAAUUAUUAUUUGGCAUGUUAACUAAAGAAACACCAGAAACUUUUUACAUAGGAAAAUUAGUUACGGCAACAGUUACUGGUAUCUCUCAGCGUAAACCGACUAAGGAACAGUUGGAUCGUGCCCAGCCUGUGAAGGAUGACGAAACCGGCCUUUGGCAGUGUCCAUUUUGUUUACAAAAUCAUUUCCCCGAACUGUCUGAGGUGUGGAGUCAUUUUGACACUGGUCCUUGCACCGGUCAAGCUAAAGGUGUCAGGGUCCGGCUAGACAAUGGAGUCACAGGAUAUAUUCAUAUUAAAAAUCUUUCUGAUAAACACGUAACCGACCCCACACAGAGGGUCACCAAAGGGCAGCUGAUACACUGUCGUAUUAUCAAAGUCGACGUUGAAAGAUUUUCCAUAGAAGCGUCAUGCAAAAGUUCUGUUUUGGCUGACAAAAAUCAUGAAUGGAGACCACAGAAAGAUCCAUUUUAUGACUUGGAAGCCGAGGCAAAAGACAUGGAAGCCGAGGACAACCAAAAAAAGAACAAACAGAAGCUCACGUACAUAAGGAGGGUUAUAGUCCAUCCUUCAUUUCAUAAUAUUUCCUAUGUUGAAGCCGAGAAACUUAUGGCCACAAUGGAACAAGGUGAGGUUAUCGUUCGGCCCUCAAGUAAAGGUGCAGACCAUCUUACAGUCACGUGGAAGGUGGCUGACAACAUUUAUCAACAUAUUGAUGUAAGAGAAGAAGGAAAAGAGAAUGCAUUUUCUCUAGGGCAGUCUCUCUGGAUUGGCAAUGAAGAGUUUGAAGAUUUAGAUGAAAUAAUAGCAAGACAUGUAAAUCCAAUGGCUUCCUGUGUUAGGGACAUAUUUAAUUUUAAAUACUAUAAAGACACAGAAGGCGGCUUGAGGGACAAAGCUGAGGCCUAUUUGAAGGAAGAAAAACGAAAAAACCCAACGAAGAUCCAUUACAUUAUAUCUGUAGCGAAGAAUUAUCCGGGUAAAUUUUUACUGUCAUAUUUGCCACGAGAGAGGUGUAAGCAUGAAUAUAUCACAGUGACACCAAAUGGGUUCAGGUUCAGGAGCCAAGUAUUCGACUCGGUUAACUCACUUUUCAGGUGGUUCAAAGAACAUUUCCAGGAUCCAGUGCCAGGCACACCAAGCACACCACGGUCCAAUGCUUCCAUCCGUACUUCAUUUUCAAAUACACCAGGCAACAUAAAUAUGGGUAUGAAUGCUGAAGCGAUUCAAAGAGUUGCUCAAAAUAUGCCGAGCCACAUGCUCCACAGUCUUUCACAAGUUGCAAGCCAUACGCCUUAUGCUCACACCCCUGCUGCGUACUCAAUCCACCAAUACCCAACGACACCGUACACGCCGUCUGGCCAGACGCCUUUUAUGACACCGUACACGACCCCAAGAUACGGGCAAAUGACUCCUGGCCACCAUAGUACAAUAUCGAGUCAUUCGUUGGCAAGCCCACAAUCGACGUCGAGUUCAAAUCAGGUACAGUCCCAGGGCGUUUUUCUGCAUCCUGGCUCCGUAACACCCUCGUACAGGACGCCAUCGCAAAACAUACCGAACAACUACCAAAGGGGACAACCACAACUUGGAGCGGACGAUUGGAGGAAAGCUGCUCAAGAAUGGAUUCAGCAAAAACGGGGAGAAAAUACGCCGACCAACCGUACUCCCAGGAUGGACAAUAGGGGCCCUUCUAGACAAGGAAUGAGUAGAGAUGAUAAAAGGACUACACCACGUUACAAUGACACAGAUUCUCCUAGGCACAUGAACUCUCCUAGGUUUCACCAAAAUCCUUGGGGAAAACAUGCCAUGCAGAAUCAAGGCGGUUAUGAAGAUAGAUAUGAACGGACUGGGAAAUCUCCUAGGCUGCCUCCAAGUCAUGGAAAGUAUGAUCCAUUCGAUCUUGGCACUAAAUCGCCGCGAUUUCCUUCCGGCACGCCAAGAUCCGGUCGAUCUACCCCAAGGACGAUAAACAGUCCUCAUUCCAUGUCACUGGGAGAUUCAACUCCUCUUUACGAUGAGAACUGACUUUAAUUUAUCAAUAUUUUUUAAUUUACUUCCUUUUAGAUGUUUAUAAGAGAGUAAUAAAAUUAUAUAUAUUUUUCUUUCUUAGACGCUUGAGGUUAUCUC